AUGGCCAAUAAACAACCGAAUAGUAAUGGAAAAUCCAAAUCAAUAACUCAAAAGGAGGGAGGAAAAGAAGUAAGCACCGAUUCAGAGGACGAAACAACAUCAAACUCUUCCGAAGGUGACGAUAGCUCAAAAACUGCUAGUGACGAAGAUUCCGAAGAAGAUAGUGAGGAGGAAAGCGAGGAGAAAUGA